AAUGUCAAAUUGCAACGUUGUAGGAACACACAUAAUCACAUCUUACAUAAAUACACACAUCUAUAAAAAAAAACUAUAAAACUAUAAAAAAAAUAAAAAUAAAUAAUAAAAUAAAAUAAAAGAAAACAAAAAACUUACAAUGCCCUUAACCACCAAAACACUGGACAGAGAAGACGAACACGAAAAACCAUUUGGCCUAGAACUCCCAAAACCAGAACUUUUAAUACAUCAACACCCCGAAUCAGAUGAGUCGUUUCUUCAUGAAAAAACUACCAAAGUAGAAGAUAUAAUCGAGUAUCUGGAAGUUGUUGAAAACGCCAACAAGACCGACGCGUCGAAAAAAAGACAAAAAUCUACGGUUACCAUGGAGGACGUAAAAUGUAUUGUGACACAGCGAAAUCCUUUAAGCACCACAACAUUUCGUCGAGGCAAAGCAAAAAGAGUCCUAGCUAACACGAAUCAGUUCACGUUUAUGCGUCAGAUUGACUCGGAACCCGAAGAUCGCCUUUUGGCCAGAAAACAGCGCGAGGAUGUGGCCGAAACAUUUCGCCGCAUGGGAAAUCGCGAGUAUCGCAAACUGAACUUCACUCUAGCGAGAGAAUACUAUACAAAGGGUAUGCAGUACAUUAAAGACUCGCCUGUCUUGUACAUAAAUCGAGCCCUUUGCUGUAUCAAGUUGCGCGACUUUAAGCUUGGUAUUAUAGAUUGUGACUAUGUGUUGGCCAAUAUCGACGAAAAAUAUCUACGUGCCUGGCUGUAUAGGGCAGCAGCCUAUAAGCGACUGAAUGAUGAGACUAAUUUCGAGUACAGUGUAGAUCGCGCAAGGCGAUUUAACAGGUCGGAGGCCCACUUUGUAGAUGAAUUCUUGGAUAAAAUGAGAUCGCUCCUCUAACAAAUUUAUACAUUCAAAGAUAGUAAACAAAAA